AUGGGCAACUUCCAGCUGGAAGACUUCGUGGCGGGCUGGAUCGGAGGUGCAGCGAGCGUCAUUGUUGGCCACCCUCUGGACACAGUCAAGGCUCGCCUGCAGGCCGGCACUGGCUACGGGAGCACCCUUAGCUGCAUCCGCACUGUGUACAGGAGGGAGAGUGUGUUUGGCUUCUUCAAGGGCAUGGCCUUCCCCCUCACCAGCAUCGCUGUCUACAACUCAGUGGUGUUUGGGGUCUUCAGCAACACACAGAGGUUCCUCAGCCACCACCGGUACCAGGAGCCCGAGGCCGGCUCACCCCGCGUGCUGUCUGACCUGCUCCUGGCCAGCAUGGUGGCUGGCAUGGUCUCUGUAGGGCUGGGUGCACCCGUGGACCUCAUCAAGAUCCGGCUGCAGAUGCAAACACAGCCAUUUCGGGAAGCCAACCUUGGUUUGAAGCCCAGGGUGGCAGCUCUUGGGGAGCAGCCAGCCUACCAGGGGCCUGUGCAUUGCAUCAUAACCAUCGUGCGGACUGAAGGCCUGGCAGGGCUCUACCGGGGCGCCAGUGCCAUGCUGCUGCGGGACGUCCCGGGCUACUGCCUCUACUUCAUCCCUUAUGUGUUCCUGAGUGACUUGAUUACGCCCGAGGCCCACACAGGCCCCAGCCCCUGUGCUGUGUGGCUGGCAGGCGGCAUGGCAGGAGCAAUUUCUUGGGGGACAGCAACUCCUAUGGAUGUCGUGAAGAGUCGACUGCAAGCUGACGGGGUUUAUGUAAACAAAUACAAAGGUGUCCUGGACUGUAUCUCCCAGAGUUACCAGAAGGAAGGUCUUAAAGUGUUUUUCAGAGGCAUCACGGUCAAUGCCGUGAGGGGCUUCCCCAUGAGCGCGGCCAUGUUCCUUGGGUACGAGCUCUCGCUGCAGGCCAUCCGCGGGGACCACGUGGCGACCAGCCCCUGA